AUUUAUUUGUAACCAAUGUGCAAAUCAACUAGGUCUGACAGUAUGCAGCAAAAGUAUAUAGUUUUGUGCUUUCUUGUUGCUUUUGUUUCAAUUGCGUAUGCUAAUGAAUAUCGAUUGAAGAAAUCCUCGUCUCAGAAAGCUGAAGAUGAUAAGGCCGAAGAUGAGGUUGAGAGUCGGUCUCUUUACAGCCAAGAGGUUCAGGUUGAUGAUAUUCGAAAUGAAGCCAUCAAGAUGAUUUCUGCUCCUGAUCUAUCUGGGGGAGAGCCGCUCAGUUCGGAAGAUGGCUCAGGGGCAUCUGAAGAAGACGAUAGUAUUCCUGCUGAUCUUGCUGCAGCUCUUCAGUCAAAGAUCCUUAAAAAUCUUUUUCUCCAAAUGAAUGGGGUGCCCUAUAAUGAAGUCAAUGAAGCUGAAGAGGAAAUCACACAAGAAGAAGUGGCUAAGGCAAUGAAAGAAUUACCAGAACUACCAGAACUCCCUCCAAAGGUGUUAACUCCAGAAGAACAAGAAGCGGAGUUGUUAUGGACCAAAGCAAAGGUAACACUAAAUGCAACACAUCCUAAUGUGGCAGAAGCAUACUCACAGAUCAAGCAAGCUGCAGGCCUUGGACACAUUGAGGCCAGGUUACAUUUGGCCUGGGCAGAACUGUUGGGUUCUAAUCCAAUAAGACAGGACAUUGACUCCGCAAAGGCAACAUUUUAUGACUUAGCAGAAAAUCAAAAUGUAGCUGAGGCACACAUGGGUCUGGGUUUUCUCUAUGCAACAGGCAUUUCUGUAAAUGCCAGUCAAGCAAGGGCUUUGGUGCAUUACACGGUGGCAGCUUUAGGAGGCAGCCAGUGGGCUAGGAUGGCACUGGGCUACCGUUAUUUUGCUGGAGCCACUGUCCCUAACAGCUGUGAAAAGUCUUUGGACUUCUACAGGAAAGUUGCCAACAAAGUUGCAGAGGACGUAUCCUUGUCUGGUGGUGGCAUGGUCCAGCGCGUCAGACUUUUGGAAGAGGCCGAAAACCCAGGAUAUAAUUCUGGUAUUUUAGACAAAGAUCUUAUUGAUUACUAUCAAUUACUUGCUGAGAAAGGAGAUGUACAAGCUCAGGUUGGCCUCGGGCAGUUGCACUACCAGGGUGGCCGUGGUGUCCAGCAAGAUCAUUUACAAGCAGCAAGAUACUUCUUGCAAGCAGCAGAUGCUGGAAAUCCAGCAGCUAUGGCCUUUUUGGGCAAGAUUUACUUGGAAGGUAGUGACAUGAUAAAGCAAGACAACCAAACAGCAUUUAAAUACUUCAAGAAAGCUGCUGACCAGGGCAAUCCAGUGGGCCAGAGCGGCUUAGGCCUCAUGUACCUGCAUGGUAGAGGUGUGCCAAAGGAUUACCAGAAGGCCCUCAAAUAUUUCACUCAGGCAGCUGAUCAAAAUUGGGUUGAUGGACAACUUCAACUGGGAAACAUGUACUUUAGCGGUCUUGGUGUGCGAAGAAAUUAUAGAAUGGCCAAUAAAUUAUUUGCUUUGGCAUCACAAUCUGGCCAUGUGCUGGCAUACUAUAAUCUUGCUCAAAUGCAUGCAACUGGAACGGGCAUGUUGCGAUCCUGUUCCAUGGCAGUGGAGCUGUAUAAAAAUGUUGCUGAGCGUGGUAAAUGGGGUAACCGGCUUAUGGAGGCUCAUUCUCAUUAUCGGAAUGGUCACUUCGAAGAAGCAUUUGUUACAUAUGCUCUCCUUGCUGAGCUCGGUUAUGAGGUAGCUCAAAGCAAUGCAGCUUUUGUCCUGGAUAAAGGUGAAUCUUUGACCCUAUUCUCAACUCCAGAAGAAAUGUAUGUGCGAGCCUUAAUGUACUGGGGCAGGGCAGCUGCACAGGGGUAUUCUGCGGCUCAAGUAAAGCUGGGUGACUAUCAUUAUUAUGGUUUGGGAACCCCUGUUGACUUUGAGGCGGCAGCAUCUCAUUACCGGCAUGCAUCAGACCACCAACACAAUGCUCAGGCAAUGUUCAACUUGGGCUACAUGCAUGAGCAAGGUUUAGGCAUGAAACAGGAUAUUCACUUGGCAAAGCGAUGCUAUGAUCGAGCUUCUGACACUAACCACGAUGCGAAAGUGCCUGUGUACUUAGCUUUGAUGAAACUUUCUUUGAUUUUUGGAGUCAAGUAUUUACAGGAGAUUCGUUGGCAAGAAUGGUUCCUUCUUCUAAAUCUUAAUCACCUCCUUGGGCCAUACUGGGAUCUCUAUCUCAUAACAGCCCUCCUUGGUCUGCUGAUAAUACUAGUUCGGUAUAGGAGGCAGUAGUGACCAUUGUGCCAUUUUCUUGAGUUGUUUCUCCCUCUGCUAAUGUUAUAAUUUUUGUAUUUAUUUUUAGUUUUUGUGCAAAGAGGGGAGUGGGUUUAUUUGAUUACAGAAAUGGUGUUCCGCACAUUUCAUGUUUGAAGGGCCUAUCUAAGGACUCCAGGUUAAAGUGGUAUUCAAACAAAUUAGAAAAAUGUUUUGUGUGUUGUUGUGAUUUUCUUUGUGCAAUCAGAUGUAUCAGAUUUGUUGUUUUUGUACAGAUGUAUAUAAUAAAUUUGUAUAUAUAUGCUUAACAUAUAUAUGAUACAUACAAUAUUAAUUAUAAUACGAGAGGUGUUGUGAAUUCAUGCAAAGGUAGCACUACUUUCCUACUGUACCUAUUUUGUUAUCUUAAGUUCAUGCACCAUCCACAAUUUGAUAUGAUCACUGUACAACUGGUUGAUAUAGUGCAUUCCAAGGCAACCAAAGUCCUGUUGCUUUCUUAAGUUUUUAUGAUUGUGUCUUUGAUGUGGUAGCAUUUUCCCCCUUGUUACAUUUGUACUUAUGAAGAACUUUUUUCCUCACUUUCUGUGGAGUUAUCACCUAAGAAAGUUGAGUGUAUCUUAGGCAUGAGGAGAAUGUAAAACCAUUCUAGGUUAAAUUGGGACUGAUUAUGAAUAUUGAUUAUGAACGUACAAUGAUAUGACUUAGUUUACUUCUUGUCUGCUUUCAUGCUGUUCCUUGUUUAGGCAAGUCUCACAGACGUAGUUAUUUGUAAGACUGAGCACACAAUCUUAUUACAGGAAGUGCAUGUUCGUUCUAAUUAAGUAAUAAAGUUGCCAAAUUGUGUAACAAAUUGUCGGGGCAAAUAGCAGACACUGAGUGUAACAGUCAAGAAGUGUUUUCAAUAAUAUUAGUUGCAAUGUACAUGUUUGAGAGUACAAGGCAUGAACUCAAUCCAAAUCUAGUGUUGCAGCCUGGUGGAGUUGGACAACAGUCUAUUAUUCUUGUCCUGAUUAUCUUGUGAUAUUAUCAAUAAACAAAUUGCGACCCA